AUGACGAUCCCAGCUUCAUUCAAUAGAGUCCUUGUGACGGGCGCAAACUCCUUCUACGCAGCCGCCAUAAUGGAGAAGCUUGCAAAGAAGGGGGUGGUCAUCCAUGCGACUGUCCGCAGUGAAGCAGCUAAGCCUCCUCUUGAAGCUUGUUUCGGUAGCUCAAUCAAAGUCUUCAUUGUGCCUGACAUCACCGCGCCAACUGCCUUCGAGGAGGCCAUAGUGGACUGUGAUGCUGUUUUCCAUAUCGCGUCCCCGUUCCGCUACAAGUUCACCGAUGCGAAGCACGACGUCCUCGAACCAGCAAUACAAGGAGCGUUGUCCGCCCUAAAAGCGGCUGCCACGGAGGCCAGCGUACGACGUGUCGUCUUCACGAGUUCAGUAGCAGCAUGCAUCAACCCCGUGCAUCCUACUGGCUUCCAUCGUCCAGGAUACGUGUACACAGAAGCUGACUGGAACCCACUAUCAUUCGAGGAGGCAGCUACCUACAAAGCGUUCCCUCCAGUGUACACCGCGUCCAAGGCCUUGGCCGAGAAAGCAGCGUGGGAGUUCAUGGAAGCCGAGCCGCGAUCCUUUGACUUGGUCUGCGUUAACCCGUGCCAUACGUGGGGGACUUAUAAACAACAUGUGUCAUCGCCGGACAAGAUGAAUGCUACGAAUUCUGAUUUGGCCCGUUUGAUGGAUGGGGUUGAGUCGGACCUCCCUCCUACUAUCAUGCCGUGGAUGACGGAUAUUGAUGAAGUGGCCCAAGCCCAUGUCAAUGCCCUCUAUAACCAAAGCGCAUCUGGCAGAUAUAUCAUUGCCAACUCCCCAUUUGAUUUCCAACAGGUUGUUGAUCUGAUGCACUUGCAUUUCGCGGACUCGGACUGGAUCAAGAACGUUCCUCGGGGCAAUCCAGGCAAAAGAUCCAGAGAGGAGCUAGGAGUUGUCUAUCGGCCGUGGACCCAGAGCGUUAUCGACUUUUGUACUCAAUAUGCGGCUGACAGGAAACGCUGGACCAAGAAUAGUUCUUGA